AUGAAUAUUAAUUUUUAUGUUUAUGAUGAUGAAGCAGAUAAUGAGAUAAUCUCUAGUAAUUUUAAUGUAUACUGCUCAGAUGAAUUUUUAAAAAUUCACAACAUAGAAAAGAACGACAACGCUAUAAUUUAUCAUGAAAUAAUGAGACAAGAUGAAGAAGAAGGACAAGAAAAAGGACAAGAAAUAGGACAAGAAAAAGAUCAAGAAAAAGAUCAAAAAAAAGAUCAAAACAAAGAUCAAAAAAAAGAUCAAAACAAAGAUCAAAAAAAAGAACAAGCAAGAAAUAUUAACCAUAUUAAUAAUAUACAUAUCAAUAUUAAUAAAAUUGAUGACGAAUAUGUAGAAAAGGAGCCAAAACCAAAUGUACAAAAUUUUUCUGUAUUAUGUUGUUUUAAAAAUUAUAAUGAAUUGAAUAUAAAAAAAAAAUUAGAAAAUAACGGAUUAUGUAUCAAUAAAUAUAUUCUAAAAAGUUUAAAUCUAGAUAUAAAAGAAAUAGAAGAAAAGAAUAUAUAUAAAAGUUGUAAAGAUCAAAAUAAUAAUAUGAAAAAAAUAGGAAUAUUUAAAGUUAGCAUAAUAAAACCUCAAUUAUUUAUUCCUAUUAAGGAAAUAAAAUUACAUGUUCAAGAAAUCUUUAAUACAUCCUAUGAAUAUUUAAAAAGUUAUCAAUAUGAAAAUAUAGAUUUAUUACAAUCCUUUUGGAAAAAUAUAAAAAGUAAUAACAUGGAAAAAUAUAUUAACCUUUCUUUAUUAAAUACUUGUUUGUUUGUAAAUAAUUUUUUAAAAAUAACUAUAUUGGGUGUGCAUUCUUAUAUAACCGUUGGACAAAUUAUCUUAACCAAGGACAAGAAAACAAAAAUGAAAAAUAAUAAUAAUAAUAAUAAAAAUAAAACGGUAAGGAAUAUGAAUGCCCGCGAUAAGCAAGAAAAUAAUAAAAAUGGAGACAAUAAAAAUAAAAAUGGAGACAAUAAUAAUAAAAAUGGAGACAAUAAAAAUAAAAAUGGAGACAAUAAAAAUAAAAAUGGAGACAAUAAAAAUAAAAAUGGCGACAAUAAAAAUAAAAAUGGCGACAAUAAUAAUAAUAUUGUUGUACCGUUCAUUGAUCAAAAUACCAAAAUUGUAAUUAUAUCUAAUGACGAUAUUAAAAAUGUAGUAGAUGAUAAACAUAUUAUAAAUAAAUAUGAUAAAGAAAAAACUAAUAUAAAUUCAGAUCAUAUGAAAAAGCUGAAUUUAAAAAAAAUGGUAGUAAAUAAAAAAGAAAAAAAAGGAUUAAAUAAAUUAGGAGGAUAUAAUAAAAUUAAAGAAGAUAUAUAUUAUUAUAUUUUAAUUCCUUUAAUAUAUAAACAUAUAUAUGAUGCAUAUCAUAUAGAUAUUCAUAAAGGGAUAUUAUUACAUGGUCCUCCAGGAUGUGGUAAAACAUACAUUGCUUUAUUAAUAAAAGAGGAAUUAUCAUUAUUAAAAAAGAAAUUUUGUACCAUUACACAAAAUAAAACAAGCAAACAAUUAAAUAAUACAAAAAACGAUAAUAAUUAUAAUAAUGAUGAUAAUAUUAUCAUACCAGAAAUUGAAAUAUUAAAAAGUACAGAUCUAAUCGAUUAUAAUAAUACUGGUUAUAAAAUAAAUGAAUUAUUCUUAAGAUGUCAUAAAAGAUAUCAAGAAGAAAAUAAAUGUACCAUAAUUUUUAUUGAUGAAAUAGAAAUCUUAUGUAAAAAAAGAGAAGAAAAUAAUAAUAUGAAUAUAUAUACAUCUGUAUUAUUAAAUAAUAUGGAUGGUAUAAAAAAACACACACAUACGAUUCUUAUAGGUGCUACAAAUUAUAUUAAUAAAAUUGAUCUUGCCUUAAGAAGAAGCGGACGAUUUGAUAAAGAAAUAGAAGUCAAUUUACCAAAUCUAAAAGAUAGAAUCUCUAUUUUUCAAAAGAAACUAAACCUAAUUAAACAUAAUAUAGGGAAAAAGAAAAUCCACAAGUUAGCGGACUUGUGUCAAUCUUUCACUUGCUCAGAUAUAAAUUCUUUAAUUAAUAUUUCUAUGUUUCUCAACUUAAAAGAAAAUAAAAUAAUUUCACGGGAUAUAUUUAAAACAGCAAAUGUUCAUACGAUAGAUGAUACAAACGAUAUUAAGAAUGAUCAAACGAGUGCUUGUCUUGAAGAUUGUAUAGAAGGGAAGAUUGGGACGAAUGAAAUGCACAAUACUAAAGAAAACAAAUAUAUAAACAUGAACAAUAAUAAUGAUAAUGAUAAUAAUAAUGAUAAUAAUAAUGAUAAUAAUAAUGAUAAUAAUAAUGGUGAUAAUAAUAAUUAUUAUUUAACACCGUAUGAUAAAAAUCAUUUAUAUAAUAACUCCUUAAUAAAUACACAAAGCAAUAGUUGCCAUGAAAAAAAAAUGAUGAAUUAUAAUAAAAAUAAUUUAUAUCUUUUACGAUAUAAACAUUUAUUAAAAGCAUUGAAAUAUGUAAAACCAUCUGGAAUGAAAGAAUUAUAUAUAGAUAUUCCUAAAACAAGAUUUAAAGAUAUUGGAGGAUAUAAAUUUGUAAAAAGGUGUAUAAACGAAUGUUUAAUAUAUCCAAAGAAAUAUAAGAAUAUAUAUGAUAAAUAUAAUAUCGAGAGUCCUAAAGGUAUAUUAUUAUAUGGUCCUCCUGGGUGUUCUAAAACGUUAUUUGCAAAAGCUAUAGCAAGUGAAAUACAUAUGAAUUUUAUAAGUGUUAAAGGUCCAGAAAUAUUUUCGAAAUAUGUAGGAGAAUCUGAAAAAAGUAUAAGAAAUAUAUUUAAAAAAGCAAGAGAAAAUCAUCCAUGUGUUAUAUUUUUUGAUGAAAUAGAUUCGAUAGCAGUAAAUAGAAAUAAUAAUCAAAAUUUUGUGUCGAAUAGAGUCUUAUGUCAAUUAUUAAAUGAAAUAGAUGGCAUCAAAAAUAGAUUAAAUGUUAUAAUACUUGCUGCAACCAAUAGACCCGAUUUAAUUGAUCCCGCAUUAAUGAGACCUGGUCGAUUCGAUAGAAUUAUUUAUGUCCCUUUACCAAAUUAUUCUUCGAGAUUUGCUAUAUUAAAAAAGAAUCUGAAAUUUUUUAAGAUUCAUAAUUUAAUAGAAUAUGAUAAAAAAGAAACAAUAAAUGAUCUUAACCAUAAUGAAAUUAAAAGAGAAUGUAUCAUACAAGAUAUACAAUAUAAUGAUCAUCCAAAAAAUUCAAAUCAAAAAAUAAACAAUCAUAUUACAAAAUCGUCUUAUGAUCAUAUUCAUAAUUAUACAUUUAAUAAAAAUAAUAUGAAUAUAAAAACAAAUGAAGAUUCAAGUUUAUAUAAACAUUAUAAAUAUACAGAUAUAAAAUUUAUAAAAUUAUGUCACGUCUUAGCAAAGAAAACCAAGAAAUAUAGUGGAGCAGAAAUUGUUAAUAUUUGUAGAGAAGCUUCUAUAUGCGCCUUACGACAAACAUUAAAAAAAAGAAAUAUAAAAAUUAAUCCGAAAAUUAAAAUAAAAAUCAAAAAUAACGAAACAAAUAAUACACAAAAUAAUAUUGCGCACAGUGAAAAAAAUAAAUAUCCUUUUGAUAAAGAACCCCUUAUUGGAUUAAGCAAGAAACAUUUUCUUCGUGUCUUAAAAAAAAUUAAACCUCAAACAAGUGAAUCGCUAAUAAAUUUUUACAAAAAUUAUAAGGAGCAAAACAAGGUAUAA